AUGGUUAAUAAACCAAAAGAUAUUUUGGAUUCCUUUGAGGAGUUUUAUAAUAAUCUCUAUAGAGGAAAUCAGAUUCAAUUUUCAGUGAUUAAUGAAUAUUGUCUCUUGGCAGGCUCAUAUGCAAAAAUAAUUUCACUUAAUUUUUUGUAUUUUUCAGAAAUAAAUGACAAUGACAGCAAGCCAAGCAGCAGCAACCAAAGUCUAAAUGGCACCACAAGAUGGGCUACAUCACUAGAAAAUCUACUGGAAGAUCCAGAAGGCAUCAAGAGAUUUAGGGAGUUUUUAAAAAAAGAAUUUAGUGAAGAAAAUGUUUUGUUCUGGCUAGCAUGUGAAGAGUUUAAGAAGACACAAGAUAAAAAACAGAUGCAAAAAAAGGCAAAUGAAAUUUAUAUGACUUUCCUGUCAAGUAAAGCUUCUUUUCAAGUCAAUGUUGAAGGGCAGUCCCGUUUGGAUGAAUCAAUAUUGGAACAACCUCACCCUCUGAUGUUUCAGAAACUUCAAGACCAGAUCUUCAACCUCAUGAAGUAUGAUAGCUACAGCCGCUUCUUAAAGUCAGAUAUGUUUCUUAAACUGAAGCAGACUGAAGAACAGGAAGAGAAUUCAUCAGAUGCUCAAACUGCAGCAAAAAGAGCUUCUAGAAUUUACAACACAUGAUCCAAAUAAUAACAAAUGAUAUAUUCCGCUGGCAUUAUAAUGAACAACAAAUGAGUUCUCAGGAAUCAUCUCUGAGGUUAAUACAAUUGCAUUUAAAGUUUGGAAAACACAGAACCCUGUUAGGCAAUGCUUAACUUAUAAACUGCUUGACCAACCAAAUAGAUGCCUACUACUGAAUCACCUUGCCCUAGGCAGUUCUGGCGAAGCCCAAGAACAACUGAAUGGCAUGUAUUGUGAGUAAUCUGCAAAAAGAAGACUACAGUGAUAUUUGUCUUCUGAUUUUGAUAUCCUUUUGAAGUACUGGGGGGGGGAAUUGUAGCAUAAGCAUUGUGGUAACUUUGAAAACAGAGGUGUGAUGUGAAAAAGAGAGUAUGGUUGUUAGAAAGUUUGAUUAAUCUAGUUUCAGCACGGUCGGCAAAUUCAUAUCUUGUGUGCCUGAAUUUUUCAUUCUUCGUAAAAAAACCAAAUUAAAAAGGAAAGCAGCUCAUUUUCUCUCUCUCUGCUUCAUAUAAAAUAAAAAA